AGGUUAUCGCCACAAUGCUAAAGUUGCAACUGUUAGUCCUCUUAGCCCUUGCUAUUGCCAUUUGCGCUCAAAGAGGAAGACAUGAAUUCAAGAAUAUUCCUGGAGUAAGCGAAGCUAAUAUGGCGAAACUUCGCGAACUGUUUGAGGCUCGUAGGGAGGAAUUUAAGAAGAAAAUGGACGAUUGGCUGAACAGCCUACCCGAAGAAGAAAAGAAAGCCGCCGAAGCUCACAGGGAAGAAAUUCGCAAACGACACGAGGAACGCCGUGCUAAUAAGGCUGGCUUUAAUGCAGGAGUCGCAAGCGAAUGAUUCUAUACAGAAAAAGUGUGUAAUUGCUGCUUGAUGGAUUGACUACGUAAGCUUACGCAAGAUAAAUGAUAAAACUAUGGAG